GUCAUGGCCGCCUGCAUUCAACUACUAAAGCUCUUAUAGGCAAUGCACUAUGGCUUAAUUGUCAAAUUUCCCUUGUAAUCUCUCUUCUUUUCACCCCUUCUCCGAAGCAUCUUCAACACCGACGAGGCUUAAGAGCUGUGUUGAAGAUGACAUACAAUGAGAUUUUCGCGAAAAGCUUCACUAGAUAUGAGCAGAAGAAGUUUGGAUAUUGGGCAAUUAUAGGAUCCUUCAUCCUGGCAUUAAGCUCCUUCACGCUUCUUAAACCUUAUUUGGGUCCUCUACCAAUUUUGAAUUUUCGGCUAUCAAUGGGCAGUGGCCUCACUAUGCUAGUCCUUGAGGAUACAAGCAAUUCUCAGCCAUCAAACAUUAGCAGUCCCCGGCCAUUAAACAUAAUCACUUCUCAGCCAUCCAACAUUGUCAUCAGUUCUCAGCAGUCAAACAAAAGCAUUUCUGAGCCAUCAAACAAUAUUGGCAAUUCUCAGCAGCCAAACAUAAGCAGCAGCUCUCAACAGUCAAACAUAAGCAGUUCUCAGCAAUCAAACAAAAGCAUUUCUCAGCCAUCAAACAACAUUGGCAAUUCUCAGCAGCCAAACAUAAGCAUUUCUAAGCCAUUGAGCCUAAGAACUUCUCAGCCAUUGAACACAAUCAGUUCUCAGCCAUCAGUUUCAGAUAGAGAAGUGAACUUGAGCCAGGAGACACAGCUACUCUGCAAUGUUUCGGACCCCAAAUAUGACUUUUGUGAUGCCAAGGGUGAUGUUAGGAUUCAUGGAAGUUCCUCCACUGUCUUUGCUGUUUCAUCUAAACCAGGUGUUUUGUUAGGAAAUGAAUCAUGGAUUAUCAAACCUUAUGCUCGAAAGACAGAUAAAACCGCGAUGGGAGUCAUUAAGGAAAUCUCAGUAAAAGCCAUUGUGGGUCAGGAAGAAGCUCCAAAUUGCACCCUAAAGCACAGUGUUCCGGCGGUCAUCUUCUCAGCUGGAGGAUAUGCAGGAAACCAUUUCCAUUCCUUCAGUGAUAUAAUCAUUCCUCUCUUUGUUGCUUCAUCCAAAUUUCAAGGUGAAGUUCAGUUUGCUAUCACAAAUUUUCAACAAUAUUGGGUUAAAAAGUUCCAUGCAAUCCUGAAACAACUCUCAAAGUAUGAGAUCAUCAAUAUAGAUGCAGAUGAUAGAUCAGUUCAUUGCUUCCCACGCGUAAUUGUCGGUCUUAAGCAAUAUAAGGAUUUGAGAAUUGACCCUUUAGUGGCUUCAAAGGGAUACUCCAUUAAAGAGUUCAGACAGCUCCUAAGGAAUGCCUACUCAUUGAAGAAAUCAACAGCAAUCAAGAUCAGUAAUGGCACACCCAAAAAGCCUAUCCUUCUGAUCCUAUCAAGGCAACGAUCCCGAAAAUUUACAAAUGUGGAUGAAAUAGCUGAAAUGGCUAGAAGCUUGGGGUUUGAAGUAGUAGUCUCUGAAGCUACAAUGAAUUUGGAUAAAUUCUCUGAGGUUGUGAACUCUUGUGAUGUGAUGAUGGGGAUACAUGGAGCAGGUCUCACAAAUUUCUUUUUCCUUCCUACUAAUGCAAUACUGAUACAGGUACUUCCUUGGGGUGGAUUUGAUUGGGUGGCUUCUACUUAUUAUAACAAGCCUACCUUGGAUACAGAUAUAAGAUACUUGGAGUAUAGGAUAAAGGAAGAGGAGAGCUCUCUACUAGAACAGUACCCACUUGAUCAUCCAGUCUUUAGUGAUCCUCGUUCAAUACAUAAACAUGAUUGGGGACUAUUUAAAUCUAUAUAUAUGGAUAAACAAAAUGUGAAGAUUGAUGUGAGUAGACAGGGUAGGUUUAGAGCUACAUUAUUAGAAGCCCUUGAACUUCUCCAUCGUUAGAUUAUAGUGGUUUGUUUAAGACUACUAUAAUUGUGUUUGAGUUUUACUUUAGCCAAAGAGGCCAAAAGUUGUAAAUUUUCUAUUCUCAAGUGAUUUCUUCUCUUUGUUUUGAAUAUAAGUCUCAUUCACUCUUCAUACAAGUUA